AUCUAUAAAAGCGCGCGGCGACCCGCGCCUGCUUAGUUACAUAAGUACCACAUUUGCAAUAGUACCAUAAAACAAUGCUCAAGUUUUUGGUUUGGCACGUGCUUUUUGUUGCGGUUACUUGCGAACUCUUCGCGGAGGAAAGUGGGUACGUUGUAGAGUACGCACCCGCGUAUCAUAAUUAUAAACCGAGAGAUUAUCACUUUAAUUAUGCUGUGUCGGACCCUCACACGGGCGAUCAUAAGUCACAGUGGGAAGUGAAAACCAACGGGGUGGUACGCGGAGGGUACAGCUUAUUGGAACCCGAUGGUACCACUAGACUUGUAGAGUAUAUCGCUGAUGAUCAUGGAUUUAGAGCCGUCGUGAAUAAAUUAGGUACUGCUGUACAUCCGGCGGUAGUACCACAAGUACCAGUUGUGGCACAGCCCGUUCCACAAGUGGUGCAACCACUGCCAGAAGUGUCGCAUUAUGCGGCGUACGAUGGCCGAGUCAAUAAUUACGCGCCUCGAGUAGAAGUACCACAAGUACCAGUUGUGGCACGACCCGUUCAACCAUUACCACAAGUGUCUCAUUAUGCAGCGUAUGAUGGCCGAGUCAAUAAUUACGCGCCACAGGUAGAAGUACCGUCGGUUGGAGUCCAGGUACCACCGAUAUUGUACCGAAUUGAACAAAAUUUGGGUGGAAGUGACGGGCUCGUUACUCAGCCUCAAGCCCUAGGAAUUAUUGACACAUCUAGAGAACUUAAUGCGGCAGUACCGUUAGUACAGUCACAGGAAGUUGGACCGGUACCACUUCAAAUCAAUCAACAGUAUGCUGGAGGAAUCGUUCCAGAACACCAAAUUGUGCAAGUACCUGCUCAAGGACAUGACGUACAUAAUCUGGAGGGAGUACCGCUUCUCCAAACAACUAAUAUAGGGGGUGCCGAUGGGGUGCAACAAGCAUACAAUUUAGGCAGAGUUGACGCGGUACCACUUCAAGGUUAUGAUUUAGGAAGAGUUGAAGGAGUUGCACAUGACGUUGGAAGAGCUGAGGUAGUACCGGCCAUUCAGGAUCAAAAUUUAGGAAGAAUCCAAGUUGGUUUAGACAGAGCAGCGAUCCAGGGGUACGAUUUGGGGCAAGUGGGUGGUGACUUCGGUGCCGGACAGGCAGUACGAGUUUAUCAAGGUCACGAUACAGGACGAAUUGAUGGAGAUUUAAGAGUACCGAUUGAAGCAAACAAUCAUUUACCGCAACCCCAAAUAGAAAUUUACAACCCUAGGCCGAUACCACAGUUGCAGGAAGAAGGGGCGGCAGUACCCGGAGUGGUACCUGUAGAUCCCAGCUACACCACUAACAUCGAAUACCAAGGUCUGGUCAACGACAAUCAACUCAAGAAGGACGUCUACCAUGCGUCAUACUCCGAAAGAGUACUCAAGGUGGUACCAUCUCCCCGUAAACACGACAAGAAGGCGAAGAAGGAUUUCUUGAUCUAUUAUCCCGACUCUGAAUCUCACUAAUUCAAUAAAACCUUUCCACUGUC